UUCGCCACAUCCUUGACGGUGCUGAAAGCUCAGAAACUCUGAAGAUGAAGAAAGCUCUGAUCCUCCUGGUUGCUCUGACUCUCUGCUGCUGCAUCCCUGAGCUGCAUGCAUCUUCCAGGUCAGGGUGUCGCUGUUUAAAAACCUCCUUUCAUCGUAUUUCUCCCCUCAAUGUUGCCAAAGUGGAGGUGACUCCUCCAUCAGGACGUUGCCGCCGUGCAGAAAGAGUUGUCAUCAGGAAAAAUGGCUCCAAAGUUUGUAUCAGUCCAAAUGCUGCGUGGUUCCCAGAGUUCCUCAGGAAACUUGACGGGAUGGGCUGUGACAAAGCAGGCGCGGCGCCUUGCAUUCGUCGUCAUUUAUUACGAUAAUGGGGCUAUGAAAACAUCACCACAACCACUGUGUCUACAACAACCUUCUGAGGGAUAUUCUGCAGAAAGUGCUUCAUCCAACCUCAUAUGACAGCGGUUAAUGCGCAAAAGAGCUGAGCCGAUGUUUUAUUUUUCUACGUUAAAUCUGAAUUUCAUAUUUUUUUUAUACUGGUUUCAUUAUUUCCAUGCACUCCAUGCUGAUCAAAUGUACUCUCUUUGUGAAUAAGCUCAAGUUCUGUUUCUUCUAACUCUAUUAUCAUGUUUUUUUUAAAUGAAGAAAUAAAAACAAGAAUAAAAAUACUCCAUUAAGACUGAUCAUUUAUUGCCCUAAAGGUGCACUGCAAAAACAAUGUAGA